ACAACCAAAAAACCAAACAACACCAAUCAUGUCGGAUUUCCAAGCAGCUGCGUCCAAGUUCCCCGAAUUCUCGGCGGACGACGUGGAAAAGUUUGUCCAGACGUUCAAGUCGAUGGACGCCGACGGCUCUGGCUCGAUUGACGCGGCCGAGCUCGGCGCCGUCCUCCGGUCGCUCGGCGAGAAGGCCACCCCCGAGGAGGUCCGCGCCCAGAUCCAGGAGGUCGACACCAACCGCUCGGGCACCAUCGAGUUCAACGAGUUCCUCGGCAUCAUCUCGCGUCUCCGCGCUGGCAAGGCGUCCUCCGAUGCUGGCUUUGGCAAGACCUUCACCAAGCAGUCCAAGGUCGUCACCGUGGGUGGCAGCUCGGACAGCAUUGCUCACAGCUUCUCCGAAGACGAGAAGGAGUCCUUCGUCGACCACAUCAACAUGGAGCUCGGCACUGAUGCUGACAUUGGCAAGCGCUUCCCCCUCGACUCGCAUGACAUGAGCAUUUUCGAGGCAGUCAAGGACGGUCUCCUGCUCUGCAAGCUCAUCAACUACUCCGUCCCCGACACGAUCGACGAGCGAGUGCUGAACAUCAAGGCCAAGCUCAACCAGUUUGAGAUUGUCGAAAACCAGAACGUCUGCAUCAACUCGGCCAAGGCUAUUGGCUGCAACGUUGUCAACGUGGGCGCCCAGGAUUUGAUGGAGGGCCGCGUGCACCUGGUGCUCGGUCUGAUCUGGCAAAUCAUCAAGAUUGGUCUGCUGUCGCGCAUCAACCUCUCCAACCACCCCGAGCUCUACCGCCUGCUCGAGGAGGGCGAAACCCUCGACGACCUGCUCAAGCUGCCCGUCGAGCAGAUUCUCAUCCGAUGGGUCAACUACCACCUCAAGAACGCUGGCUCCAAGAAGCGCAUUGCCAACUUUGGCUCGGACAUUAAGGACUCGGAAGCCUACACCAUCCUCCUGAGCCAGCUCGACCCCAACCGCUGCACCACCGCUCCCCUCAACGAGUCGGACUUGCACAAGCGCGCCGAGCUCGUGCUCCAGAACGCCGACAAGCUCGACCCCCCUUGCCGCAAGUUUGUCACCCCAAAGGCCAUUGUCGCCGGCAACCCCAAGCUCAACCUUGCCUUUGUUGCCAACCUGUUCAACUUCCACCCCGGUCUUGCCCCGCUCAGCGAGGAGGAGAAGGCGGCCAUCGACGAGGCCCUCUUUGGCGGCGAGGGCGACCGCGAGGCUCGCGCCUUUGCCCUCUGGCUCAACUCGCUCGGCAUUGAGCCCUUCGUCAACAACCUGUACGAGGACCUCAAGGACGGCCUUGUCCUGCUUCGCGCCUUUGACAAGAUCUCGCCGGGCUCGGUCCAGUGGAGCAAGGUCAACCAAAACCAGCCAAUCACCUCCAAGUUCAAGCGCCUCGAAAACACCAACUACGCCAUCGUUGUCGGCAAGAGCCUCAAGUUCUCGCUUGUCGGCGUCGGCGGUCAGGACAUUGAGGACGGCAACAAGACCCUGACGCUUGCCCUCGUUUGGCAGAUGAUGCGCUUCCACGUGCUCUCCAUCCUCAAGUCCAUCUCCAAGGACGGCCGCGACAUUUCCGAAGACGAGAUGGUCGCCUGGGCCAACAACACUGUCAAGAAGGGCGGCCGCGACUCGGUCAUGGACUCGUUCAAGGACCCCAAGCUUGCCAGCAGCAUCUUCUUCCUCGACCUCAUGAACGGCAUCAAGAAGGGCAUUGUCAACUACGACAUUGUCGCCGCCGGCUCCGACGAUGCCGAGCGCAAGUCCAACGCCAAGUACUCCAUCUCCAUUGCUCGCAAGCUCGGCGCCUGCAUCUUUGUUCUUCCCGAGGACAUUAUGGAAGUCAAGCCCAAGAUGAUUCUGACCUUUGUUGGUGCAUUGAUGCACGUUGCUCUUGCUGGCAGCCAGUAAACCCCAGCAAGCAACCAAGAUCAAAAAUUAUCAGUCAAAAACGUCAAGGUUUUGCAUGUUUGCUUGUGCCUUUGAACGCGCUGUGUGUUUGGUUAUUUCCCCAUGUGUGUAGUUUUACAGAUUAUUCAUCCUCUGCAACCCCAAUGUCUUCUUUCCAUUUGUUUCAUGAGCAGAGUUGAGAUACUAACACAAACACCAAAACGCAA